UGUUUCUAGAGGAUCAUGUUUGGGAGCGCACACAUGUGGCAUGCUUGAGACGCUGUCAAAAUAUCAUAAACAUUAUUCAGCAGUAAAAGAUGGAGAACGUGGAGCCAGUCCGUGUUCUGGAGUUAUACAGCGGAAUAGGAGGGAUGCAUUAUGCUUUAAAGGAGAGCUCAGUUCCUGCUGAAGUUGUUGCUGCUGUGGAUGUCAACACAACAGCCAAUGAAAUCUACAAACACAACUUCCCCAAUACCCCACUCCUGCCAAAAACUAUCGAGGGAAUGACGUUACAGGAUUUUGACAAACUGAACUUUGACGUGAUUUUGAUGAGCCCACCAUGUCAGCCGUUCACCAGGAUUGGUUUGCAGGGAGAUGUUGCCGACCCCAGAACAAAGAGCUUCCUCUAUAUCCUGGAGCUUCUGCCAAGUUAUGGUCACUAUGUGGAGGGCACGGGCUCUGUCCUGCAGUCCUGUGUGGAUGUGGAGCUAGAGACCGUGUUUAAGAACCUGGAGCUGCUUUCUGAAGAAGACAAACUAAAGCAGCUUCUUCAGUUAAAGCUGAGAUACUUCACACCCAGAGAGAUCGCCAAAGCAGGUUUAGUUGUGAAGGUACAGUACAGUGUCUGA